AACCAGGAAGUGAUGUCACAGCAGCGGGCCCCGCCCCCCACUCCUCCCCGCUUCACCUGAAGAGUGGGCGGAGUCUUACCGGGAAAGAGAAGUGGGGGRAAACAAGGAAGAGCUCACAAGCUGUCAAGUCAGUGUGUGUGUGUUCACUGUUUUGUGCCAGGAGGCGAAGGGGUGAAAAAACAGGACUUUACCCUGUUGGGUCUCCUAACAUGGAAAUGGACGUCCCGGAUUCUCCUCACGGGAACAUGGGGCUGUUAAGAACCUUUGACUCGUCUGAGUUCAACAGCUGGGAGAAGAUUGGCUCAGGUGGAUUUGGACAGGUAUACAAAGUACGUCAUGUUCAGUGGAAAACAUGGCUGGCCAUCAAGUGUCCUCCCUGCCUUCAUAUGGAUGACAAGGACCGCUCUGAGCUGCUCGAGGAGGCGAAGAAGAUGGAGGCGGCCAAGUUCCGGUACAUCCUGCCCGUAUAUGGGAUCUGCGAGGACCCUCAGGGCCUCGUCAUGGAGUACAUGGAGACGGGUUCCCUGGAGAACCUGCUGGCCACUGAGCUGCUGCCCUGGGAGCUGCGGUUCCGUAUAAUCCACGAGACUGCUGUGGGAAUGAACUUCCUGCACUGCAUGAACCCUCCGCUGCUCCACCUGGACCUGAAGCCCGCCAACAUCCUGCUCGACGCUCACUAUCAUGUGAAGAUAUCUGAUUUUGGCCUGGCCCGAUGGAACGGCCUGUCUCGGGCUGAUGACAUCAGCAGAGACGGCUUCUGCGGCACCAUAGCCUACCUGCCGCCCGAGAGCAUCAUAGAGAAGGACCGAGUGUCAGACACCAAGCAUGACAUUUACAGUUUCUCCAUCGUGAUCUGGGGCAUCCUCACACAGAAGAAACCAUAUCAAGGAGAAAACAGUAUCCUGCAGCUGAUGGUGAAAGUGGUUAAAGGGGUUCGUCCCGACCUGAACGCAAUUCCACGAAGUCGACCAUCUACUUGUGCAGGUUUCCUGAGCCUUAUGCAGCGCUGCUGGGCCACAAACCCCAAUGACAGACCUUCAUUCCAGGAGAUCACAUCAGAAGCUGAGGAGCUCUGUUCUAAACCUCAAGACGAACCCAAGACCCCAAGGCUAUCCUCAUCAUCAGAGCCGGAGCCCAUGUCCCCCAACCCACUCAGCAAUGACCAGGCUGAUGUCAACAAACCGGUGCGCCCAAAGUCGGCCAUGUUGCCAGAGAAGGACUGCAGCCUGUCGGAGCUGCUGAGCCAGGUGGACUCUGGGAUCUCUAGGAGCUUCGAUCGAGUGAAGGAGGACAGCUGCAACAGCAAGGAGAACACGUCUAAGAGACUGUCGGGAAUCUCUUCUGCAGACUCCGCCUUCUCCUCUCAAGACUCCAUUACCCUGUACCUGGAGAAAGAAAACACAGUUGAUUCUGCUGAAGUCCAGAAGAGGAAGCUUUGUGAGGCCAUAAAGAAUAAAGAUACCGCCAAGCUGAUGAAGAUCCUCCAGCCUCAGGAUGUUGACCUCCUCCUGGACGGAGGAGGCAGCCUGCUGCACCUCGCCAUCUCUUUGGGAAACGAGGAGGCGGUUAAGUUCCUGCUGUUGAACCACGCCAACGCCAACCUUGCUAACGCGCAUGGCUCCACCCCGCUCCACCUGGCCACAGAGAAGCACCAGAAGUCUCUGGCUGAACUUCUGCUGAACCGGCGCAGCACCAACGUGAACGCCAGAGACGAGGACCAGUACACGGCCUUGCACUGGGCGGCGCAGAACGGCGACGAGGCCAUGACUCGGCUGCUGCUAGACCGAGGCGCGGCCAUAAAUGAGACCGACGGCCAGGGACGCACUCCGGCUCACGUGGCGUGCCAGCAYGGCCAGGAGAACGUGAUCCGGGUGCUGCUGAGUCGCAGUGCCGACGUUCAAAUCAAGGGUAAGAACAACUGGACUCCGCUCCACUUCGCCGCCUGGCAGGGCCACCUGGGGAUCGUCAAGCUGCUGGUCAAGCAGGCGGGUGCCGACGUGGAYGGCCAAACCACAGACGGACGCACGCCUCUGCACCUGGCGUCUCAGAGGGGGCAGUACCGCGURGCGCGGAUCCUGAUCGAGCUAGGAGCAGACGUUCACAUGACGUCGGCUGGCUUUAACACGGCGCUGCACGUCGCCGCCGAAACGGGCCACACCAGCACCUCUCGCCUGUUGAUUAAACACAAGGCAGGUCUGAAUGCUCGGAACGCACACGGACUCACGCCUCUUCAUCUGGCGUCGCAGCAGGGCCACCUGGCCACCGUCAAGAUGCUGAUUGCAGAGGGGGCGGACCUUUCUGUGGUCGACCAAUUGCAGCGCAGCCCCUGUCACCUGGCAGCAGAGCAUGAGCACAGUGAAGUACUGAAAGAGCUGCUCCUGCACUGUCCAGAUGGUUGCACUGUGUCGGACCAGAGGGAACUCAACCCGCUGCGCCUGGCAGUGCGGGGUGGCGGCCUGAACGCCGACGUGACUCCCCCGCCGCAGGCCCGCAAUGACUCAGUCCCAGAGAGCACGGUGCAGCCUGCAGCUGAGGAGCCCACAGCGCAGGAGGUCCCCCAGCUCCAGAGGAGAGUCGUCAUCCUCAAACUAACAGAGCACAAGGACAAAGACUGUCCACAGCCCCUCACCUGUGCUUCAGUCUCAUAACAGCAUGAGAUAUGACACACAGACUUGUACAGAACUCGGAGUUUCUACGCCAUAUUUCAAAGGCUGGAAUUCAAUUUUAGUAGUUUUCAUUUUUUUUUGUUUUUCUUUUUACAAAAUGUAAAACUAAAUUUAUAGAUUGUCACUUUGAAGUAUAAAAAAUCUGUAAGAUUCUCAUCAAAAAGCAUUUAAUGAAUGGGUAACAAAAGAGACACGAAAUGAGGUAAGAAUACUCAAACAUUACUUAUGGUAGUAAGUAGUUUUUUCCCAUGAUGCAUUGCAAAGCCCAAGAAAAACAAGAACAUUAAUUUUUAUUGUGGAGGAAAAAAACUGCUACAUAAACACACAGCUAAUACAACAGCACCACUGUACACACAAUUACAGGAAGUUUAUAAAUGUUUUAGAACAAAAAUAAAACAUCUGGAAAGAGAAUGGACUUUCAAAACAGAAAAUGUGUCGGAACCCUGAGAAGCAUAUUAUCAUUUAGUUAAUUUUAAUAUUUCCUGCACAUCUGCUGCCUUUUUGGUAGAGGAUUGUCAUCUUAAGUGUUUAAACUGGAAGCUUACAUGUAAAUAUGUAUACUGUAAAUAGAAAGUAUAAAUACAUUUGAGUUUUUUUUUACUAAACACACACAAGCUAUAGAGAACCUGUAAAUACAAUGAUUGAAUGUAUCCUUAAUGGACGUUUUGUGGCACUGCGCUGCAGCCUGGAAAUAACUUAAUACAUCACAAAGUUUUCUCACUUCAUGGUGUACUGUAACAGUGUGUGUUGUACCUGUUACAGAGCAAUGCUGCCUCGUGAAUUAAAAACUUUUCACUUUUAUCA